GCCGCUGGGGCUGCCCACAGAGCCGGGGCGGGCGAAGGCGGCGGCGACGCGGGAGAGCACCGGGGCACUGAAGGCUUGGCUGGCACGGCACCCCAGGAACCCCUAUCCCAGCAAGGGGGAGAAGGUGAUGCUGGCUGUGGUCAGCCGGAUGAGCCUCACCCAGGUCUCCACCUGGUUCGCCAAUGCCCGCCGGCGCCUCAAGAAGGAGAAAAAGGCGAGCUGGGCCACACAGAGCGCCUCAGAUGGAGAGGACAGCGAGGGAGAGGGGGUCCCAUCGGGUGCUGUCCCCAUUCCCAGUUCCAGCCCCGUGCAGGAUGGGUGUGGGGGCAGCCCCGAGGUGAUGACAGCCCCUGGACAGGACAAGCAGCCCCAGAAACCCAAGAUCUGGAGUGUGGCAGAGAUGCUGGAAUCUUCACCCAGCAACAGCGAGUGUCUCCCCGGGGUGCCAGUGGUGCUGAAGCAGGUAUAGGACUGGGACAGUCAUGUCCUGUCCCCAAGGGCAUGACUGGAGAGACAGCCCAGCAGCUGCCUCAACAAGGAGAGUGGGAGAUGCGGGUGGGAGGAACACAAAACAGUAAUAAAUGUGACUCUGUCCUGGG